AUGGACUCAGACUUGGAGUUCAUAGAGGUUGAAAUUAGAAAGAGAAGCAAACCAGAAGGAGAUCAACAACCAUCAAGCCAACUUCAAAGUCUCCCACGCGACCUCGUCCUUUACAUACUUUCAAGGCUUCCCCUAUCAUCUUUGGUUCAGCUCAGGUCUGUAUGCAGAGGUUGGCGCAUGUUAGCACAAGAUCUCGAUCUUGUUAAUAUGCAUAACACAAUAUGCAUGGAUGAGAACAAUCCAUGCCUCAUAUUCCACAGUUAUUGUAGCCCUAGAGAUCACCAGCUUUACUUUGUAGACUUUCCUGCUUGCAGCCAUGGGAAGGAGAAGGUUAAAAGGUUUCAAGUGCCUUUCCGGGAGGCACUGCCUAAGUUUGAUGUGCUAGGCUCAUCUAAUGGUUUGUUAUGCUUAUCCGAUUCAUUACAGAAUGUCGAUGCACUCUACGUAUACAAUCCUUUUAUCGGGAACUACAUAGAUUUGCCAAAGUCUACGCAGUAUCCAAAUCAGCAGGUGGCUUUUGGAUUCGGAUUUCAUCCCACAACCAAGGAAUACAAGGUGAUUAAGAUAGUUUACUACAGGAGAGCUGUUACAUUCUACCGAUACCCCGUUGCAUCAGCAUAUGUUAGGGAUUCAGAGGUUCAAAUUUUCACUUUGGGUAGCUCCACCUGGAGAAGUUUGGGAAAGGCAGGGUACCACUACCUUUAUCGGUGUUCAUCACAGGUGUUGGUUAAUGGAAGACCGCAUUGGGUCACUUGGCCACUCAAACAUCACCAAAGGAUGAAGAUCGUCUCGUUUGACUUGGCCGAUGAGCAAUUCCGGGAGGUCCCAAGUACACCUUUGAAGGGUACUACUUAUCAGCUGGUGGUUCUAGGAGGAUGUCUUUCUGCUGCAGUUUAUUUGAACUCUGGCACAUUGGAGAUAUGGGUAAUGAGGGAGUAUGAUGUGGAGGAGUCUUGGAUUAAGAAAUUAAACAUAAGAGCCCACAUACCUAAGGGACUAAAGGAAGACAUAGCAAACCAAUUAUUCAAGAAUUCAAACAUAAUUCGGAAAGGAAGGUUUGUUCGAGUUUUAUGCCUUCUGAAGACUGACGAGAUCUUGUUGGAAUAUAAAAGCAGAGUUCUUGUAUCUUAUGACUCAAAAAGUGGAGAGUUUAAAGAACUAAUGUUUCAGGGAAUACCAGAGUGCAGGUAUCGGACAGUUGUGCAUGCGGGCAGCCUUAAUUGGAUUGAUUGA